AUGACAACACCAGCAGUAGUACACAGAUGUAGAUUCUCCAGUUGGAGACCAUCAGCCAUCACAGCGAUCGCAACAAACGAUGAUGGAACAUUGGCAGCCAUAGGUCGUGACGACUCAACAAUCGAGAUAUGGUCAAUCGGUUCAAAGCAUUAUAUACACACUGCAACACUUGGAGGCAUAAAGUUUGAUGGCAAAGUUAUAAAGUUGAUGUUUACUACAGUACAGAAUACACCUAGAUUGGUAUCGAUGACAGAGGAUCAUAUAUAUUUAUGGGACUAUGAUACGAUGACUCAGGUUCAAUCAUUGUCCUCGUUUGGUGGUGAUAUGGUCGAUGGUGCAAUCAGUCAUGAUGGUCAGGUGAUCGCCGUGGCCAGCAGCAGUCUCGUGGUGCAUCUCUAUCGCUUCAAUGACGACGGACGCAUCGAGUUCUCGAGAUCAUUCCAACGCGUCACCGAGGGUACCCUGCGCUGCGUCGCCUGGGGCCUCGACGACAAGAUACUCACCGUGGGCACAGACACCGACCUCAUCGUCUACGAGCUGGCCACAAUGUCCGUUCGCUUCUCUGCACACUCAAGCAACAUUACAGCGAUCUGCGUCGUGUCCAAGGAUGCCGUGGCGUGUGGCCAUGAGAGCGGCCUGGUCACAAUCCACGACCUUCAGUUUGGCAGUCUUUUGCACGAGUUCCGCCAGCUGAUCAGUGCCGUGCGCAGCAUUGUGAUCAGGGGCAAGAAGAAGUUCUUUGCCUCGGGUGACGACCCCAGCAUCGUCAUGUUUGUCAAGGACGACGACCGAUGGGUGUUCAACGGUCUGCAUCGUGGCCACACCCACGACGUAUUCGCCCUGUCCGUGGCCAACAAGGGCCUGCUGCUCUCGGGUGGCCUUGACACACAGCUUCGCUUCACAAACAUCAGGAACUUUGAAAAGAUGAAUGGCGGCAAGGGCGUGUUCCAGCGCUCGUACCCCCCCGCCCGCCUCUUCUCCAUCGCCAGCUCGGCUGAGCGUACACUGAUUGUUGAUGCCGCACGCUCAUCAAUCAAUGUGUGGGCGCUGGGCAAGACCGGCGACCAGGGCUCCCUGGCUCAGCUGCCCGCCGGCAGCCAUCUUCCAUGCGACGAGGAGGCUCGUCGACUCAUACAGUUUGACAUCAAGGACAAGGAAUUCAUUAGACAGGUGGCAAUAUCAGUGGACGGACAGUACAUGGCCUAUUGCACCACACAGAACACCAAGCUGUACCAGCUAAAGGUGGACAGCGCCGAUCUCACCAAGGUGUCCAUGCACAGACUAAAGACACUCGAGGGUGCCGACUGCAUCCAAUUCACAACCGACUCCACCCAACUCAUCCUCGCUUCCAACUCCUCAAUCACAUGCUACAACAUCCAAUCUAACACACCCAAGUAUAUUAAAGAGAUCCAGAGCACCAAGCGAAAGGAAUCACCAACAUCAAUAUUGAUGAUGACUGUGGAGUCGAGUGGAAAGUAUGUGGCGUUGGUGGACGCCAGGAAUAACACAUUGUUGUUUGAUGCGAUCAAUGAGAAGUUUGUCAUCACGAUACCAUCAUCGAACGAUCCUAUUUCAGCAUUGGCCUUCCAGCCAGACAGUGCAAAACUGACGAUCGCCACAACCACAUCAAUCAUUCGUUAUGAUGCCGCCGAGCUCAAGAACAUCGGCCAAUUCGAAGUGCCCUACGCAUUCGGCAGCGCAGAUCCAAUCAUACAGAUCACACCCAGUCCAACCGACCCGCUCAAGACAAUGGUGAUGUGGACACACACCGAUCACACCUACGUGUGCUCAUGGCGCAAUGGUCACAAGGAUAUCGAGUCCAAGAAGAGAAUCGACGAUGUCUACGCCGUCGGUCUGACGCAAAGCAAAGAGUUGGUAGUAUGCGAGCUGCCAUACAUGGAGCAAGUGUUCCCAGUCUUGCCACCAGCCAUCCGACUACGUAUCUUUGGAAACAACUAG